AUGGCUGUGAUUACUAGACGGUACGGCAAGGCAUUGAAACUGUCGCUGUUCUUUCUGGUGGUCUGUGUGGUUUUCCUGUUCACCAGCGAGUACAUGGAGGAUUCAGUGAGCGAGUAUCGCGACUAUUUACGCAAUUCGCUGGCAAAAGCGAAGGGUACGGACCUGAAAGAGUCGUCGCAAGACACAGGAAAUGGCGACCACAGUAUGGAACCGACAGCGGAGGAUAAUGGGAAAAUUUUGGCGCAGAAAGCUUCGGAAACGUCACAAAAACUGAAGAACUUCUAUGAGGAAGUGUUUCGCUUCAUUGAGGCUUACUCUCCACAGGGAGCCACGGCGAAGAAAUACAGAAAAGCGUGUCGCUUGAAGGGCGAUAUCGGAUUCAGACCUGAAAACUACGCAGAAUGGUCGGCGCUCACCGAGGAGAGUUUAUCCAAUUGCUUAGAAGUCUCCAGGGAGGAAGCUUCGAUGCUAAAACAGAGUCAUGCGAGCUAUGUGGACGCAGUGAGUACACUGGUAUUGCCCAAAGAUUCAUACAAAGGGAAAGGUAUUGUGACUGUUGGUGGUGGUAGGUUUUCGAUAAUGGCGCUGCUAAUCAUCAAAACGUUGAGAAAGCUGAAUACACAAUUACCAGUAGAAGUUUUCAUACCGCCAAAUGACGAAGGAGAAACGGAUUUUUGUGAAAACGUGUUGCCAAAACUCAAUGCGAAGUGUAUUCAUCUAUCGGAUACCUUGCCAAAGAGUACAUUGGAUAGCUUUGAGUUCAACGGAUAUCAAUUCAAAUCGUUAUCGUUGAUUUCAUCCAGCUUUGAGGAUGUUCUGUUUUUAGAUGCUGAUAAUUUCCCAGUCAAGUCAUUGAAUCACAUCUUUGAUCAAGAGCCGUACAAAUCUACAGGAUUUGUGCUGUGGCCAGAUUAUUGGAGAAGAACCACGCAACCAAUUUACUAUGAUAUAGCUGAUAUUCCAAUCACCAAAAAGCGCACUCGUAAUUGCUUCGAUGAUUUAACGCCAACACAAGUCUAUACAAGGAAUAUCAAUGAUUUAUCGGAUAUACCAUUUCAUGAUUUAGCGGGUACUAUACCGGAUGUUUCAACCGAAUCAGGUCAGCUUAUGAUCAAUAAAUCUACACAUUUACCAACAAUUCUUCUAGCGCUUUAUUAUAAUGUAAAUGGGCCAAAAUGGUUUUAUCCAAUGUUUUCGCAAAAAGCAGCUGGCGAAGGUGAUAAGGAAACUUUUUUAGCUGCCGCAACUUUUUAUGGACUCCAUUUUUAUCAAGUCAAAACAGUCGUUGGUGCGGAAGGCUAUCACCAGCCAAACAAUGAGGGAUUUCGUGGUGUUGCAAUGUUGCAACAUGAUUUUUCACAAGAUUACCAAUUAUAUCAAAAAGCAGCAAAGGCGAUAUUGACAAAGUACGGUUCAAGUGGAAGGAUUUCUUAUGAUAAAAAGUAUUCGUUGGACGCAUUUUACAAAACAUAUUUUGACGGCGAUUUAGUCGACCGUGCAGACGUUAUGUUUGCACAUUCAAACGCUCCUAAAUUUGAACCUUAUGGUCUAUGGAAAGGAAAUGAACUAGUUUAUGAUGGCAAGCAUGUUAGGUCUUUUACGGCACUUAAAAAGAUCAACAACUAUGAUAUUGAAUUGGAAAAUUUCAGAGAGAUGGAUACAGAAAUAUGUAAAAAUAGGAUCAAAUUUAAGUACUUGAUCGAAUCUUUAAAGGAUGAAAAAGAGUGGAAAUCAAUGUGUGCAUAUGUUUCAGAAAGACUUUUAUUCCUGGAAUCAACUCAUCAAGAAGCAAUAGGCUCAGGCACUUCUCAAUGA